AUGAUGUACCAUACUAGUACCGCACCUGCACUUUGUCAUUGUAGAAAAUCGUUAACUUAUCGCAAAUCUAAACAACAAACGGGAGCGGUACUUGUAUGGUACAUCAUGGCUGCCGAGGCACCACCUCAUAUACCCGGAGUGUUACGAGAACUUUGCGGGCGCAAGCACUCUACUAGUAGUGCAUCUUACUGUACUGUACAAGUACAGUACUUAUAGCAAUCUUAGUUGUAUUAUUCUCCCGCCCCACCAGUGCAACUUUGAAUCAACUCCAAGCACCUCAAUAAACCACCCGUACCAUAGCGGUAUUUCUUCGAAAAAACACGGUAUUCCAUCCGCACCGCAGUAUCAAGAUAUCAAAUCCCCACCCCGCCAGAUUCAACCGAAUCAAACCAAGACUCGCCAACCGCUCACCCGCCGGUGCCCAAUCCUCAAACAGUCCAUUACAGUACGUACCCUCUCCUCCUCCCCCCGAUGCUUGUAUUUUUAGCUCGGGAUCCCCCUUCAAAAGACCUAAACCACUUGUGCCCUACAACCAAACAACCUCACCCGCACCACAAACACAUUACGAAAAAUUCCCAAAUAAAAAAUCGAACCACUUCCAGCGCCUACCGUAACUCAAAUCUCCCAUCCAUCCAUCCAUCCACCGUCCAGCUGCGGGGCUGCGGUGAGUUAUAGAUAGAACGAUGAAUGAAACGAAAUACCGUGGAUGCCAUCCUUCUGAAACAUGCAGGAGGCUUGCUUACUUUUUGGCUUGAGCAGCGUUCGCCUCAACGCAGCGUGCUGCUGUGGUUAGAUCGAACCCAAAAGCUGUCUUGAGUUACCGGUAAUUCCGUUCUGCGAAUCGGUGUGGUAAGAGGCGUUUUGAGAGCUGUGGGAGUGCGUAUGGCACUUUACCCCAAGGCAUCCUCUCUGCCAGGGAGGGCGUGGGGCGGGAAAGCAACGGGAGGUUAAUCUAGCGAUGCUUAUUUCUGCAGAUGCGGGGGAGAUUACUGUUCUAUGCUAACGCUUAUUAUAUAGGAUAAGGCUUGCUUACUAGGUAUUGUACGUGUACAAUACCGCUGUGGGGUCCCGGGUUUGUUGUAAUAUUAGGUUCGUGCUUUGGGCCCUUACAUAGUGUCGGGCUUUUACAGUGUCAACGCUUUUUGCAUACGCUGGCUGGGAGGUAUGCCUUAUCGCCGUCAAGGUCUGGGAGAUAUAUCGCCCGAACUUGUCCUGGGAGGAGAAGGUGGACUUGAUACCGUUCUGAUACUGUGCUACGAUACAGUAAUGGCGGAUCAAGUACUGUACAAGGAUAUCGUAUCGUGCGACACCGAUUUACCAGAAGGACGCCAACUCAUUGUGCUACAGUAUUACCAGUAUAUAGGUCUAUGAUAACAUUGAGUGCUGGAAUUAAAGGAAAAAGGGGAAA